GCCGGCCGGGGCGUCGGCCCUGCCCGGCUGGGCUCGGUUGGGCUCGGUUGGGCUCGGGCCUGCCCGGCUCGGCCGGGCUCGGUUGGGCUCGGUUGGGCUGGGCUCGGCUCCCAUUGUGUCGCCAUGGCGGGCCGGGCCUGAGCGCGCACGGCGGCGGCGGCCCCGGUCCCGGACCCGGACCCGGACCCGGACCCUUUCUCCUCCUCCUCCUCCCCGCCGGGGACGGACACCAUGGUGGCUCGCAGCACGGACAACGUGGACGCCCCCGGGGAAGGUCCCGUCCAGCCUCCGCCUCCCGCCGGCGGACCCGGAGUCAAGGGAAAACCCAGCAAGAGACUCUCCACCCCCCGUGGUCCCUUCCCCCGCCUGGCCGAUUGUGCCCACUUCCACUAUGAGAACGUUGACUUCGGACAGAUCCAGCUGCUGCUGUCCCCGGAGCGCGACAACCCCUCCACUGCCCUCGGGGACGGCGAACUCACGUUUGGAGUCCAGGUGACGUGUCAGGGCCGCUCCUGGCCUGUUCUCCGCAGCUACGAUGACUUCCGCUCCCUGGAUGGCCACCUCCACCGCUGCAUCUUCGACCGCCGCUUCUCCCGCCUCCCGGAGCUGCCCCCGCCCCCCGAGGGGUCCCGGACACAGCUGCUGGUGCCGCUGCUGCUUCAGUACCUGCAGACGCUGUCCAGCCUGGUGGACAGCAACCUCAACUGUGGCCCCGUGCUGACCUGGAUGGAGCUGGACAACCACGGGCAUCGCCUGCUGCUCAGCGAGGAGGCCUCCCUCAAUGUGCCGGCCGUGGCCGCUGCCCACGUGGUCAAGCGCUACACGGCCCAGGCCCCAGAUGAGCUGUCCUUUGAGGUAGGCGAUAUCGUGUCUGUCAUCGACAUGCCGAGCCCAGAAGAUCAGAGCUGGUGGCGUGGGAAGCACGGAUUCCAGGUGGGUUUCUUCCCCAGUGAGUGUGUGGAGCUGUUCCCAGAGAGGCCUGGGCCCGGCACCAAAGCAGACCCCGAUGGGACGACAGCCAGCAUCUCGGCCCCCCAUGGAUCCUCAUCUCUGACUGCUGUGCCACGUCCCCGGGGGAAGCUGGCCGGCCUCCUCCGGUCUUUCAUCGGCUCCCGCCCGUCCCGCCUGCGCCUCCGGCAGCGUGGCAUCCUGCGGCAACGCGUCUUCGGCUGCGACCUGGGAGAACAUCUCAGCAACUCUGGCCAGGAUGUGCCCCAGGUACUGCGCUGCUGCUGUGAGUUCAUCGAGGCGCAUGGCGUGGUGGAUGGCAUUUACCGCCUCUCCGGUGUCUCUUCUAACAUCCAGAAGCUUCGGCACGAGUUUGACAGCGAGCGGGUCCCCGAACUGGGCGGUGCAGCCUUCCUGCAGGAUAUCCACAGCGUCUCGUCGCUCUGCAAGCUCUACUUCCGCGAGCUGCCCAACCCCUUGCUCACCUACCAGCUGUAUGGGAAAUUUAGCGAGGCCAUGGCAGUGCCUGUGGAGGAGGAACGGCUGGUCCGGGUCCACGAUGUCAUCCAACAGCUGCCCCCGCCCCACUACAGGACACUGGAGUUCCUGCUGCGGCACCUGGCCCGCAUGGCCCAGCACAGCGCGGACACCAGCAUGCACGCCCGCAACCUGGCCAUCGUCUGGGCGCCCAACCUGCUGCGGUCUCUGGAGCUGGAGUCAGUGACCCUGAGCGGGGCGGCUGCCUUCCGAGAGGUCCGGGUUCAGUCGGUCGUGGUUGAGUUUCUCCUUAACCACGUGGACGUCCUCUUCAGUGACACCUUCUCCUCUGCCGGGCUGGAUUCCACCGGUCGCUGUCUCCUGUCCCGGCCCAAGUCUCUCCUGGCCGGCGGUCCCUCCACCCGGCUCUUGUCUCUGGAGGAGGCCCAGGCCCGAGGCCCACAGCCCCCACAGCCCUCCCCCCUGGACAGCAGGCGCAAGAGGAGCCAAGCGGGGAAGGGCCGGAAGCCGGUCACCAGCAGCUGGAAGGCAUUCUUCGCCCUGGGCCGGGGGCCCUCGGCCACCCGCAAGAAAGAGGGGCCGCGGGGCCGGCCGGAGCGGUGGCCAGGUGGGCGGGCUGAGACCGUGACCCUGCGCUCAGCCAAGAGUGAGGAAUCGUUGUCCUCUCAGACCAGCCGCACAGGCCUCCAGCGGCUGCCCCGCCUGCGCCGGCCCCGGUCCAGUAGCGACGCCUUCCCCGUGGGCCAUGGCCCCCCUGGCUCUGGUGGGAGCCUCUCCCCCUCCCCCUCCGCAUCGUCCCGCUCCUCCUCCUCGUCCUCCCCCUCCUCCUCUUCAGCCUCCUCGGGCUCCUCCCCUGGCGCCUCCUCUUCGCUGCCAGGCUCCCCCCAGCCCCGCUCCUCCCUCUGGCUGGAUGGCGGGGACGAGCUGGAGCUGAGCCCACCCCGCGGCCUCGAGGGGCUCCGACACCUGGACUUCGACCCCCUUACCUUCCGCUGCAGCAGCCCCACGCCUGGGGACCCCGCGCCCCCCGCCAGCCCGGCGCCCCCGGCCUCGGCCGGCUCCUGCCCCCCGCCCGCCGCCGCCCGGGACAUCUCCGAGCCGCUGACCGUGUCGGUGCCGCCGGCCGUGCUGCAGCUGCUUCAGGAGGCCGGGACCCCCACGCCCAUCCCCGCCCCAGCUCCCGCCCCUCAGCUCCUUCCCCUGCUGCUGCGCAGUGGGGAGAACGAGCUGAGUGACAGCUGCCAGAGGGAGAUUCGUCACAAACUGUCCCUGACUGGGCCGCGGAACCUGCGGGCAGCCCGGAGUCCUGGUUUCGACUCCCCUCCGCUUCCUGCAACCCUGUCUCUUCUGCGACCGGGAGGAGCCCCCCCACCCCCUCCCAAGAAUCCCGCCCGGCUCAUAGCCUUGGCCCUGGCUGAGCGGGCCCAGAGGCAGGAGCAGCGCAUGGAGCAGCGCCUGGAGCAGCGGCAGGAGCAGCGGCAGCGGCGCCCACGAGAUCCAGUCCCCCCAACUCCCCGCUCCCCAUUCUGCCGUUCCCUAUCUCUUGAGGGAAGCGGGGAGCUGCCGGGCGGCAGGCUGGGGCCAGGAGGGGGUGGGGGCUCCCUGUACCCCAUGGCGCGCCCCGACCCCCAGGGACCGUGCCCCCUCACUUCCCUGCAGCGACAGCAGAGCGAUGGGGGCCUGCUGAGGGUCCAGCCGGGCAUCUCCCUGCGGCGGGAACACAGAGGAAACAGCCAGGUGCCAGCCGCCUGCCUCUUCUCCCCCGGACCUCCUGCCCGCAGGGACCGUGCCCCCAAGCCCCCCCUGCACCUGUCAGGGGGCCCUCCCCCUUUCCGGCCACCUGCCUGGUGGUGGCCACGCACACCACACCUCCCGCCCGUCCCAGACAAGGUGGAAAACCUGUACUAUGAGAUCGGGGGUGGGGAGGGGGCCCCCCGCCCCUACCCCCUGCUGCCCCGGCCCUGGGGCCCCGGGCCCCCUCCGCCAGCCGGGCCCCCACUGCCGGCCGGGCUCAACGCCUCCUACGGGGUCCUGGAGACCCCUCCCCAGCCACCCUGGGGGCCCCCUGAAUUCCUGCUGAGCUACUCUCCCUCCCCGCCACCCUCCGGCCCUCCGACCCUGCAGGCCUGGGUCCAGCCCGGCGGGUUCGGCCAGCGGCCCCCACGCCCACAGCGUCCACCCCGGGCUGAGCCCAUCUACGCCAACCUGCCCUUCACAGGGGGCAGGGCCCUGGCCCCUUCGCCCCCUUCCUCCUCCUGCUCCUCCUCCCCGACCCCCACCCACCCUCGCAGCCGCUCGGACCCUGGCCCGGCCGGGCCCCAAGCCCCCCGGCUCCCCCACAAGCAACGGCCUCCUUGGGGCGCUCCCCACCCUCCCUACCACUCCCCCCUGCUAGACGCCCUCCCCGGCUACGGCCCUCCCCUGCCCCCUGGGCCUCUGCUGCUCUACGGGACAACCCCACCGGGCACCCACAGGAGGGGUGGGGGCCAGCCCCUCAGUGGAGGCAUGGCCCCAUUUGGGAGUGGAACGGGGAGGCGGGGGGAGCCGGGGGAGGGGGCUGGCCCUCUACCCCCCUUCCUCACCCCCAGCUGGACCCUCCACCAUGAGGGUCAGACACAUAGCUACUGCUGAGUCCGAGGCCAGAGUAGGUGGGUGGGUGGGCAGAGGCAGACCCCGUCCCCCUCCCCCCAAAUCCUGGGGACCCCAGGGGCCAGUCAGGUGAGUCCCACAGCGGCCCCGGGACGGGGCUCCCUGCUGCCUGACGAGCCCGGCCCCCACCAACGGACCUGUUCCCACUACGCCCGGAUGGGCUGUGGGCAAGCUGAGGGGCCGGCAGGGGCUCAGGGAGCCACCCCCACACACCAGGGUUUCUUGCACUAGUCUGGGGGAGGGGGGGCUCACAACCCCUUUCCUGGAGCCGCCAGCAUGCGCCCCUCCCCCCACGCCCCCGUGCGUGUGUGUACGUGCGUGUGUGCACACGUGUGUGGCUGAGGUACCCCAGUGGCCCUGCCUCCCUCUCCCCGGGCAGGCCUUCUUCUGUUGUGUACUAAAUGUUUUGAAACAAGGAACUUAAUAAACAAAAUCAAACAAG